UUCCGAUUUGGAAUUCGAUCGGUUGCCGUGUCAAGUGGUGGACGGAAGUUGAAAUUCGGUGUACUUUUCUCUUAAAUUUAAAGUGCUGGAAAGCCCUUUUUCCAUCUCCUGAACCUUCGGGUGUAAACGUUCUAGCACCAAAAAGUCCUUGCAGUAAAAAUCUGCAAAGUAAUUGAAGAAAGAUAAUUAGGACUUGAAAAGUUAAGAAGAGUUUGAGUAUCUAUACGAGGAAACCUCGUUGCAGUGAAUAUGUUUUCUGGAUUAACUAAUCAAGUCAGCUCGUGGAUUGGAGCUGCCAAAGGCGAGCCACAGGAUGAGGAGGUGCCAACUCCCCCGAAUUCUGCAGCAACAGCGACGACGACGACAACGACAGCAGCUCCGGUUGCGGACACAGCUUCGGCGGUACCUAUAGUAGAUGAAGGCGACAAAAGUCCGACCAAAAGUGGUGUUUUCUCAGGCGUGUCGUCAAAAGUGACAGGUUGGCUCGGAAAUGCAUCCAUGCCGUCGAUGCCCGCGAUGCCAUCCAUGCCAACGGUUUCAAUGCCAGCGAUGCCUGCAAUGCCUUCCAUGCCCUCAAUACCUGGCCUACGCAAACCCAAUCAGGACGAGAAUGGUGGAAUCACGAAUGAAGGUCUAACCGCAUCACCGGAGAAUGCGAACCAAGGUAUUGCCGGAUCGACGGAUGCAGCCGACGAGGAAGACCGGUCCAGGUAUAUUAGUGCCACAGGAGGAGCUGAUUCACGUCCCGCCACCGGUCCUGGAACACCAACAGAUGAAAAUGCCGGGCAAAUUGGUCAAGUUACCCACAAAGUCACAGCUGGAGCCAAAUCGAUCGGGUCGUUCCUGUAUUCAUCGUUUAAUAAGGCCGGCGAUAAAAUUAAACACCUAAAGGAUAAUACUAUUCUCGGCGAAUUUAACAAAGAGCAGGAAGCAUUCAUAAAGAACCAGCAGGGAGGCAGUGGACCAGGUGCCUGCCCAUGGUCUGGACACCCAAACGAAGUCAAAAUUAAAGAAGAAAUCCUCACUCUGUCAGCAGAUCGUCGGAACUUUGUCCGAGCACCACCAGCCGGGGUUGAGUUUGAAUUUGAUUACGAUGUCUCUUAUCCAAUUGCGUUAGCCAUCAUGAACGACGAUAAAGAACUAGAGAAAAUGCGAUUUGAGCUGGUACCUAAAAUCAUCACGGAAGAAAAUUUCUGGCGCAACUACUUCUACCGUGUUUCCCUGAUAUGUCAAGCCGGAGAUCUGGGAACGCUAGGCGACAAAAACGAAUUCGUCAGACGAGGCAUCAGCGAAGAUACAGAAGAACCACCAAUAAGUUGCGAAAAAGGUAAUGAAUCAACUGCCGCGAACACUGUCGAGAGCCCUGACAAAAAAGUGCUCCCGGUACUGAAUGAAACAGAAUUCGUAUCGGAAUCAUUCAAAGCCACUGAGGAAGCCUUGGAAGAAGUGAGAGCGGAUAUGAAAAAGCUAGGUAUCGAUACUCUCGUCAAGCAAGCCAGUGAAGGGAUUGGAAAUCCAACUGAGAAAAGUGAAGAGCAAUGGGAGAAGGAUUUGGAAGCAGAACUGCAGGAUUACGAGGUGGUCAAUGAGGGAAACGAUCGCUCCAACUGGGAGAAAGACGUUGACGAGCUUCUAGACGACGAUACUGACUUGAAAUAAAACGAAUGUUUCAAUCAGUUGCUUUGUAACGUGAUGAACUGUGCUGUAAAUAAGUGAACGAGGUCUGAUGAAUAUUUAUAUUUAGAAUUAGUUGAAAGUUAUAACUAUAUAUUACUUUUUAGUUUAGUUAUUCAUUUGUGAGACAUCAUUUUCGCACCUUGAAAUUGUUGAUUAAUAGAUUAAAUAGAAGCUGAAAAUUGCAAUCGUACUACCAAUUUACACUACACUUUUGUUUUCAUCACAAAAUUCAAGAACAUAGAUUUGCAAAAGUAUUUUGAAAGCUGCCGCCCGUAGGAUACAUCGUAUUACAAAGUAAUUGAUGCACAUGAAGCAAGAAAUCAGGUCUAAGCAAACACUAUCGAAACAACAUCUCAUAGUACUCAGCAUAAACGAGGCCGUGGGUUUACCAAUUAAAAACACGAAACUGUUCUUUUAUCAUUCCCCUAAAACUCUACCGAAGCACGUGUUGUUCCUUUUCCACGAUACUUUCUUUACUUAUCGAUAUUCCUUCAAAACUUAAGGACAUGAGCAACUUUGCAAACAUGUAUGAUUUCAAGUGAUUCAGAUGAAAAAAUACCUCCUCUGAUCUUACCUGCAAGAAUGCAAAUAGGUUUUCCACUUGUUUCCGAUUCCCUUGGUGGAAGCGACUUAGCAACUUGUGAAUAAAAAGUUGAACGGUAAUCAAAUUGGUGAACUAUUCCUAACGGACAAAGCACUUUUACCUAGUCUAUCAUUGUUCGUGUAGAAACAGGCGAUAAAAAAACAAACACCGAGUCCUUUAACGUGAAAUGAAAUGUAUUGGAAGUAAUCUACUGUAAAAUAGUAAUCCCACUACACACACAAACACACAUAUGAAAGAUGAGUCUAUAAAUUCGAAACCGAUGUUUAGCGCAGUCCUUAAUCGCUGUGAAAUAUAAAUAACCACAAUAAAAGACCUGUCUUAUAGAGUUAUCCAUUUUAAGGCUAUGUUACGAUUAGUUAAACCAAAAUGCUCCGUUCCGUUUAAGACAUUUAAAAAAAAUCGUAGGAAACACUUGUCAUUUUCGAAUUAACCUAUGGUUUUAAAUGCAUAUUAAUACAAAAAAAGAAACAAACGACGAUACUUCGACCCACUUAUCAAAUUACCCUGAUCAUACACUAUCUCUUCCAGUAAAUCUCUCAGAUUACUCAAAGCAAAAAGCAGAUUUAAAUAAAGUUUAUAAAAGGUACUUGAUCGAAACACGCAAUCUUACGUGAAAAAAUAAGAACACUUAUAUCAAAUACAAAAGAAACACGAUUACAUCGCACAGAUUUAGAAACAAAAGUGACAGAAACAAACAAAAAAAACAGUUAGCCUAGUCGUUUUUUUCCAGUAAUUCUUGUUCACUGUAAAGAAUAAAAGUUCACUUGUUAGCUAUAUGCGCUGCAGUGGACAAUGGUGAACUUUAAAUAGUAACAAAAAACACAAUUUGAAAUUUUAAGCUGGCAAGCUAGCAACAUCCCUUUACCAUUCAUUCUUUAGAGGAAUUUGUUUAGUAGAACUGAAAGACCUGGGUACAACUCUAGAUAACUGAAAUUGAUUUCUUUCAUUUCUUUCAAUUCGAACUAAAAUGUACUCAUAAUACCGACAAAAAAUGAUGCAUUCUAUUCUGUAUUUCAUUGACAACUGGAAAUAAGAUUGUUUAAUAUAUUGAACUAAUAUAUACAUAUUACGAUAUACUACCGAAUAUUAAGCAUUAAUAUGUGUAAGAAAUCAGUAAUAACAGUAAAUAUAAUAAAACAGAGGGAUAUUGUGAACAUUAAA